AUGGACCACCAGCAGAAGCCCGAGGAGCACAAGGAUGCUGCGCCUCCUCGCGACAACGGCAAAGAGCCGUCAAUGUCAUCCAGAAUCGCUGCCUCGGCUUCGGGCCUCGCCAGGAACGCGUUCGGUAGUGGCAGCGCCGACGAGGCCCGGUCUGCCUUUGCCUCAGGAUCCGGGCUCUCCAGGAAGCUUCAGAGCGGCACGGAAGCCGCAGGCCCUUCGACCUGGGCGCAAACGCUACCGUCCAGACAGAACGGGUCGUCAUCACGUGCCAUCAACGGAAGCGGUGAACAGUUUAGGUCUCAGGAGGGCUUCCGGUCCACUUCGACCGAGUUCUCUUUGGAUGACCAUUUUGAUAUGGACUCCUAUCGUGCCCUGGAUGGUCUUGGUGAGUUCGCCGGUUAUGGCUCGAAAUCGAGUCAUCAAAGCGCCUCCAACGGACACAAUGGACCCGACGACGGCGCUGAAGUCAGGCGUUUGCUCUCCGACCCUAGCUUCUCCACAGAAGAAUUCGUGGACAUGCAGAUGGCAGAUCCCACGCCAGAGACGGUCAAUGACCUCUUCGGACAGAAUUUUUCUCCGGAGGAAAAGGAAAUAGCUGAUAAGAUGAAGUCGUCCCUUCCGCCGCCACCGCAGCACAAUGGCGUUUCACCGCAGAAUCCUCUGAACCUCCGGCCCGAGUUUGCAAAUCCGCAGCUGGAGGAAGAAAUCAGAGACCUGUCCCGGACGCUAGAAUCCGGGGAAGAGGGCGUCAUGGCGUUCAGCAAUGCGCAGCGGCACCACUGGCUGGCUGAGUGGGACGACGUGCUCAACGGUUACACGGAUGAAGUGUGGGGAGAGAUGCUGCCAGUGGUCAAGGCGGCCCGAAGCCAGCUUGAAGAAGCCAAGACAGGGAUGGACCGUCUGGAUAGUAAGGCGGUGGCGAGGUUGAGGAUGAUCCUGGGCCACGUGGUCGAUGCGAGUAACACAACCUCAUCCGCGGCCCAGUUCAACGGGCAGGACUACGGGCAGGACCACGGGCAGGACUACGCGGUGCAGGAGGUGCAGAGGAAGGGGGAGCAGCAGCCGGCCGGUGGCAGCGAGUGGGCGGUUCCAGCGUUCCACUGCCCCUACGUCAGCUGCCACGAGCAAUUCGGCAACGAGUCUGAGCUUCGCACACACUCGCAGCAGCACUCGGGCGCGGCGUGCGCGCACUUUGACUGCGGCGCGUGGUUCGAAGACUCCAAGGAAUGGGCCGACCACGUCAAGCGCGCGCACCACGGGCUCCUGGAGGCACGGCCUGGAGACGAGGAUUUGGGCGUGUAG